GCGAGCAGCUUCCAGGAAAAACGGGAAAAAAGGGGGCGCUGUGUCUUUAAGGACGGAACUCCGGGGAGAGCAGCGGUCGGCCACCUGGCAGCCCGUAGGGAGCAUGCGCAAUCGUAGAAAGGCUGCUGCGGGCAGUUAGGCUUAUCUCUGACUGAACAUCAUUAGGAUGUGAGUGCGCAUGUACGAGAGACACCAGAGGGGAAAUGCGAAUCGGAUGGAAACAGGGAUCCGUAGUAAAGCAGACGCCCACAGGCUCUGCGUGUCGGCGCAUGCGCAAAAAGGCGGAAUGCGCUACGGACGCUUUGACCCCGAGGACCGGCGCAGCCGCCACUGCCCCUACCUAGACACCAUCAACAGGAGCGUCCUGGACUUCGACUUUGAGAAGCUCUGCUCCAUCUCCCUGUCGCACAUCAACGUCUAUGCCUGCCUUGUCUGCGGCAAGUACUUCCAGGGCCGCGGCCUGAAGUCCCACGCCUACAUCCACAGUGUGCAGUUCAGCCACCACGUCUUCCUGAACCUGCACACGCUCAAGUUCUACUGCCUGCCUGACAACUACGAGAUCAUUGACUCCUCACUGGAGGAUAUCACGUAUGUGCUGAAGCCCACGUUCACCAAACAACAGAUUGCCAACUUGGACAAGCAGGCCAAGCUCUCGCGGGCAUAUGACGGUACCACCUAUCUGCCAGGCAUUGUGGGAUUGAAUAACAUCAAGGCCAAUGACUAUGCCAAUGCUGUGCUCCAGGCUCUGUCCAAUGUUCCACCCCUCCGUAACUACUUCCUGGAAGAAGACAACUACAAAAGCAUCCAGCGCCCACCAGGAGACAUCAUGUUCCUGUUGGUUCAGCGCUUCGGGGAGCUGAUGCGGAAACUAUGGAACCCCCGUAACUUCAAGGCCCAUGUGUCCCCCCAUGAGAUGCUGCAAGCCGUGGUGCUCUGCAGCAAGAAGAAUUUCCAGAUCACCAAGCAAGGCGAUGGCGUGGAUUUCCUCUCCUGGUUCCUCAAUGCCCUUCAUGCUGCUCUAGGCGGGACGAAGAGGAAGAAAAAGACCAUCGUGACUGAUGUCUUCCAGGGCUCCAUGCGCAUCUUCACCAAGAAGCUGCCGCACCCUGACCUGCCAGCAGAGGAGAAAGAGCAGCUGCUGCUGAAUACUGAGUACCAGGAGACCAUGGUGGAGUCGACCUUCAUGUACCUGACACUGGACCUGCCCACAGCCCCACUCUACAAAGACGAGAAGGAGCAGCUCAUUAUCCCCCAGGUGCCCCUCUUCAACAUCCUGGCCAAGUUCAAUGGCAUCACCGAGAAGGAGUACAAGACAUACAAGGAGAACUUCCUGAAGCGGUUCCAGCUGACCCGACUGCCACCCUACCUCAUCUUCUGCAUCAAGCGCUUCACCAAGAACAACUUCUUUGUGGAGAAGAACCCCACCAUUGUCAACUUCCCCAUCACGAACGUGGACCUCCGCGAGUACCUUUCAGAAGAGGUCCAGGCCACACACAUACACACAACGUACGACCUCAUCGCCAACAUUGUCCAUGAUGGAAAGCCCAGCGAGGGCUCCUACCGCAUCCAUGUGCUGCAUCACGGCACAGGCAAGUGGUACGAGCUGCAGGACCUCCAGGUGACUGACAUCCUGCCCCAGAUGAUCACACUCUCUGAAGCCUACAUCCAGAUCUGGAAGAGGCGAGAGGAUGAGGAGACCAUCCAGCAGGGUGCGUGAGCAACAUACAGCACUGGCGUGGACCACUGACCUCUCCAGCCGGGUACUGGAGGGUACCUCCCUCUCCCCUGCUGCACCCCUCAUUGCCAGCCAGACACUGGCCCCCUCAGAAGGGCCAGGCUCUGCCCAGGGACUCUUCUGCCUGCACCAAGGACUUUAAAGGGUUUUUUUUUAA